ACGUGUCGAAGCGGAGCGGGAACCGGCAGCUGGGCGCCAUGGAGCUGGAGGCGAUGAGCAGAUACACCAGCCCGGUGAACCCGGCUGUGUUCCCUCACCUCACCGUGGUGCUGUUGGCCAUCGGCAUGUUCUUCACUGCCUGGUUCUUCGUCUAUGAGGUGACUUCGACCAAAUACACAAGAGACAUCUAUAAGGAGCUGUUGAUCUCGUUGGUGGCCUCACUCUUUAUGGGCUUUGGUGUUCUUUUCCUGCUGCUGUGGGUUGGUAUCUAUGUCUGAAGCACCAGUACCACCUCCUGCAUCCCAGUGGCUGGAAGCUCCUGGAGUUCUUCACACUCUACAGGGCUCUGGCUGGAGAGGAGGGGGUCCUGUGACUUCAAUAGCAGCAGAGCUUUGGCCUGGGGAAUGCUCUCACUGAGCUCCUCCAUUUCUAGAUGGGAAGUCCCACACAGAACCUCUUUUUGUAUUUCUUUUAUACUUCAACCACAAAGCCCUUCCCAGGUGUGGGCUGUGCUCUGCCAAGGGACUUAUGGCAGCACCAAACCUGAAUAAAAGUGGC